AUGAAACAAAAAGUAUCGAAAUUAAUGCAAAAAGUACUCAAGACAAAGACAAAUAAUGGUGAUUUUGUACCGCAAGUGAUGAUACAGAGUCUAUGUACAACAUAUCAAGACAUGAACAUGGAGGAGAAGAAGCACUUUCUGCUUAUUGUCGCACGAGACUUGCACAUUGAUACGGAAGUGGUUCAAAAAAGUAUCAUGCAGUUUGAACAGAAUAUGACCAACGUGAAGGAUACACAAAGUGGAACUAUUGACUGGGAACACGAGAAUGUGGAGAGAUACUUACGGACGUUCCGUAAUCUCCGUAAUGCACUGUCACCACUUUAUGAGACCUUCUUUCAGCAGGUCUUGUCGCAACGGAAAAAUGGCAUGCUGUUCUUGGUACACAUGCGGGCGGAUCUACUGCAAGUUUUGCGCAAGAGUGCUACACCUUCUGAAAUUCCUGCUCUUCGUUCACUUGACGCAAGCUUAAAACAAUUUUUGGCGUCAUGGUUUAGCGUUGGUUUUCUGAAGCUGGAGCGUGUGACCUACGAACACUCUUCCGGACAGCUCUUGGAACAUAUCAUCCGGUACGAGGCGGUGCACCCUGUGGGCACGAUUUCCGAACUGAAGAGGCGUCUGGGCAAAGGACGACGUUGCUUUGCGUUUUUUCAUCCUAGUAUUCCGGACGAACCUUUGGUGUUCGUGCAUGUAGCAUUGAUGCAAGAGCUAGCGUCUAGCAUGCAAGCUAUUCGUGACGAAACAGAGCAAUUGGAAGAAGCCUCCCAAGCAAAAGCUGCAAUUUUCUACUCCAUUUCUUCGACACAAAAAGGUCUUUCGGGUGUGGACUUGGGCAACUUUCUCAUUAAGGAAGUCGCCAAAGCUCUCAAAACAGAGCACCCGCAACUGGAAAUGUUUGCGACAUUGAGCCCUAUGCCUCAAUUUAUGACAUGGCUUGAAACUCAGCGGUAUAAGACUGAUGCGUCGUUGGUUUCCUCGCUGGAAUUGGACGCGCUAAUUGACGUACUGGACGACCGUGGAACUACUCCCCAGUCAGAUUCCACCGCUGUGUCAAUUGUGUUGAACGCACUUUCGAUUGAGGGCUGGAGCGAGGAUCCGAAUCUGGUUGCAGCGCUGAAGCCUAUCAUGCUGAAGCUUGGCGUUCACUACAUUUAUUAUGAAAAGAAACGUGGAAAGGCGCUUGAUCCUGUUGCAAACUUCCACGUCCGAAAUGGCGCAAUUUUCGAGCGCAUUAACUGGCUAGCAGAUCCGUCCACGAAGCAAAGCGCUGGAAUGAUGAUCACCUACAAGUAUGAUCUCGCGCAUGUAGCGACAAAUAACGAAAGUUACUUGCUCCACAACAUUAUUCCAAUUGGGCUUCAGCCGCAACAAGUACUCGGAGCUCGCAUCAUGUAG